CUGGAAGCGGAAAAUCUGGAGGCGAUGGCCACGAGGAUCGAGCAGAAGUCCCGCAAAGUCGAGACCUUGCUCAAACAAUUUAAGCCGGUGGAAGCUCUGAAGACAGCGCUUGAGGGAUCGCCGACGAGCAUCAAGGACGAGAGGUGCAAGUCGGCGAAUUGGAUCGUGGUGCAUCGGGCGAUGAUGGCGAUAAAGGAUGUGGAUGGGAUGUUCUCGACCUUGGAUCCGGAGUACUAUGACAUUCUCAUGAAAAGGCAGAAUGGUGAAGACGGAAAUCAAGAGAAGAGUCAUGUCCUUCAUAAAGUGAACAAGGAUAUUUUGCAACCUUUAUUGUAAUAUAAUUAUACUGUUUUGUCAAGACAAUUGAAGGAUAUCAUAUCCUUCCAGAGAUACCUGUUGUAGCGGGAAAAAGGCAAGAAGAGCGAAAAUAGUCUUGGCAGGUUGUUUUAUUGCUAUUCAUUUUGGGGAGGGGCAAUAACGAUAAUCAUGAAGGGUCUUCUUGUUUAGUGCCAUGUCCUAUCAACUAUUUGUAUACAUGCAUUCGGCUCCAUUUUGAAAAGAAAAAUUCCAAAAAAAAAUUGAAGCCAGUUGCAACAACUUUUAGGCAUUGAAGAGGCGUGAGAUAUGCUGUUUAGUAUGGAAGUUGCGUCCUGUGGCUUCUUCCCUUUUAAAAAGGCUCGACUUCCUCAAACACAAAUGUAGUUGUAUUUGGUGCCUUUUCCAUAUCCUUUUCCAGAGGUGGAUAGGUACAAGAUGACAACAAUCAAUUAAAAGAUCCCGCAUAACCAGAUUAUGUGUUGGAAGAUUUGAUUCUCUUUCCGAAGUAUCCUUACCGUACACUUGAUUGGAACCUCUUUUACAAAACCUCUAUAUUCACAUGACAAUUUGGUUAUGAUCAAGAUUCAGAGGAUAUGGAUGUUCCGCGUUAGCAUGGUAUGGGGAGUAUUUUGUUUGUGUUGGCACAAACCAGAGAAGCAACAGUUUUCUCCUUGUUUAGUGUUGCAAAAUGUUUUCCUUGUUGAGAGUGAUGCUGCCUUCUUUAAUAUGGCAACAAUAUGUGGCUUCUUCUAUCGUUAAGGCAAAAUUUUCCUUG